UAAGCUAUCCUCUUGAUUUUUUUUCCAUUGGACAUUAGGUUCUUCCUAUAAUUAAGGACGCCAUAAAUACAGUAAUCUAGAGAAAGACAUAGUAAACAUUAGCGUUUACAACUCAAAAUGUGCGUUAAUAAAUAUUUUUCUAUAAAACUGAUAAAAUCUAUAAAGUUUGUAUUUUGUUGUUAUGUUGUUUUCGAAUGAGAUAAAUUAUUUAAAAACAUAUUUUUGACAACUAUGCAUUGUUUGUAAAGGCAACAAGACUGACAGAAAAUGAAGACCGAUCAGAGAUCAAUAUGACAAUUAUUGAGCAGGCAGACAGGAAUGAUGAUUUAGGCGAGAAGAACCAGACGUACAAAGAUUUAAGGGAGAAUGACGAUUUAGGCGAGAAGAACCAGACGUUCGAAGAUUUAAGGGAGAGUGAUGAUUUAGGCGAGAAGAACCAGACGUGCGAAGAUUUAAGGGAGAAUGAUGAUUUAGGCGAGAAGAACCAGACGUGCAAAGAUUUAAGGGAGAAUGAAGAUUUAAGCGAGAAGAGCCAGACGUACGAAGACUUAAGGGAGAAUGAAGAUUAAAGCGAGAAGAACCAGACGUGCGAAGAUUUAAGGGAUAAUGAAGAUAUAAAGGAGAACGAUGAUAGCUUUUAUAUAAAAUAUUUAGCAAAAAUAAAAGAAAUGUAAAGACAGAAAUGUCUCAUAAAUUUAAAUAUAGAUGUCUCUAUAAACAAUAGGGGUGUCAGUUAAGGAAUUGGAGAAUCACGAGUAUAACAAUUCAUUGACAUUUUGUUGAGUACUGUGAUAAGACGUCAUAAAUGAACUAAUAUGUUGGCCAAUUAAUAAUAUGAAGCCUUGGAAACAUAUAUCAAUUUUACCUAGCUAUCAAUAGUGACGCUUAUUUUCUCAACUAUAUAAAUAACAUAUGUGUAGAGUUUUUUUAAAAAACUAUAUUGGAAUAUAUACAUAGAAUGAUAUAGGGACAAAUAUUUUGUUGCUCAGACAGUUGAUAGCUUUAGUGUUCUUCAUCUUAUUUACAAUGUAAACGAUAAGAAUCAGUAAAAAAUUAACUAAGGGAAAUUUUCU